CUCUCUCUCUCCCUCCUGUCCUACCUCCCGUCGUCUGCCUGUGGUCGUGGCAGUGUUGUGUCGUUCUUCUUCCUGAUCUGGACUCAAAACGGUAGAUCUACGGGAAAAAAAAGAAAGCGAAAAGUGUAAGUGGACGUAACGUUUCUUUGUUGAUAGUCUUUUUUUUUCAAUCUCGUGGAUUACGCCUCCCUGACAUAGAUCUGAGCCUGCGUGUUAUAGCCUUGUUUGAGUGUCUCUGUCGUGUGCCAGUCUGCCAGUCUGCCAGUCUGCACAGUUUCCGUCGAUAAACACCACGCAAGAAGGUAGGCCUAAGUCCAGUUCUUAUACAAUACCCUAUUGAUGUAGACUAGAGGAGAGGUUAGGCUACCAGUUAGCCUUCCAGCACACAAGGCAUAGCUAUCAUAAUUGAACCGUCUGACGUGCACAAGAAGACAGGCCUGGGAGCACCUCACACAACACACUGUCUCGGCUCUGGUGAGGUCAUGAUCUCGUGCAUCGGUGACUCAGAGGGGGGCAAGACAAAGACUGGGUUCAUCAUCUUGGAUGGGAAAGACUUUAGCCUGAUGGAGAACUGGGAAAAGGGCCACAUUGAGAUGGGCUACGACUUCUGGUACCAGCCCCGGCACAACGUCAUGAUCAGCACAGAGUGGGGAGCUCCCAGGGCCUGGAGGAAUGGCUUCAAACUGGAGGAUGUGGAGAGUGAGGCGACUGGGCUACGGAGACAGUGAUCAAAAUCCCACCCAAAAAAGUUGAAGGCUGGGCCUUACCAGAAAUGCCCGGUCUGAUCACCGACAUCCUGGUAUCCCUGGACGACCGUUUCCUGUACUUCAGCAACUGGCUCCACGGCGACAUCCGUCAGUAUGACAUCAGCAACCGCUCCAAACCCAAGCUUGUGGGACAGGUUUUCCUGGGAGGCAGCAUCCAGUCUGACGGACCAGUGAAGGUGAUCAAAGACGAAGAACGAACGAGCCAACCAGAGCCUGUGUUUGUGCAAGACAAGAGGUUAGAGGGGUCACCCCAGAUGAUACAGCUGAGCUUGGAUGGCAAACGUCUCUACGUCACAAACUCUUUGUUUACGGCAUGGGAUGAGCAGUUCUACCCCGAGAUGUGCAAGCGAGGUGGUUGGAUGCUCCAAAUUGACGUGGACACUGACAAAGGUGGACUCACUUUGAACAAGAACUUCAUGAUCGACUUCGGAGAGGAACCCUAUGGCCCCGUGCUAGGCCAUGAGAUACGCUACCCAGGCGGAGACUGCACCUCCGACAUUUGGCUGUAGGCUGGGGCCACAGAGAAAGAAAAAGGACAGACAAGGCAAGGAGGGGAUUUUCCUCCAUGGAUAAAGCCGCCAUGAUUGGAUGAUAAUUUGUUAUGUCUACACAAGGGAAGCUUCAUGAAUAAAGAUCAAUAGUGCUGUUUUUCUUUCUUUUCUUUUGUCGUUGUCGAUGUUGUCUCUGGGUUUUUUGGUGGGUUUUUUUAUGGCGGGGGGGGGAGCGGUUUGGUAUUGUCUUUUUUAUCUAUUCAUUGUAGUGAUAGAGACGGCUGUUUAAAACUGAAAAAGUGUUUCUAACUACAACACUUUGAAAAAAAAUUCAUAGGUGUUUUUAACCACGCCUUUACAAAAUAAAGGUAUGCAUAAAGUAUUUGUUUUUCUUUUCUCUUUUCCGGGAUUUUAUAAAAAAAUUUGUUUUAUGAAUUUGGAAAGUUAAGUGGCUGUAACUGUAAUGUACAGUAACACAUUUAAAACUCGUUGUUUUCAGAAGUUUUGACAUUUCAAGUCGGUAAUAGUUUGCUGUAUUGACCUGCUUACAUUUCAUAUAAUACUAGCAUUGCUUAUUAAUCCUGAAAUAUUUCUACUGUAAUUUGAUAUGACAGAGAUAUUGGCACAGCACACAACAGAGAACAUUUCUCCCAUCAGUGAGAAUGAUGCUGUGACCGUUCACCUUUUUGUUGUCACUUGUUAUGAUAUUACUUGUAUGAUACAUGUAAAUAUUAUCUGUAUCAGAUUGGAAACAGGAAGCUCAAUGAAAUGUCACGAUCUUCAGUCAUUUGGUGUUGUUAUCAUAUAUAAAUUUAUUUUUUUAUAAUGAAAAAA